GAAGCAUGUACUGUAGAUAUAUAUAUAACUGAAAGGUUCCAGUAUUUGUUCUCAUCUUUUCAUAGACUGUUAAUUUAAUUAUUAUCUGCAAAAUCAUAUACGUUUUGAGAGGCUAAAAUUUAGGAGUGUUUUUAUUUUCUGUUGCCAUCGGAGAAGAAUUGCUUGCUAAGCUCAGCUUCAAGAAUCAGACACCAUGCUUGGCAAGGAAUUUUUCACCGAGUAUGGCGAGGCAAGUUUGUAUGAGAUUCAAGAAGUUGUUGGGAAGGGAAGUUAUGGUGUUGUUGCAGCUGCCGUUGAUACACACACAGGGGAGAAAGUUGCUAUAAAAAAAAUAAAUGAUGUUUUUGAGCAUGUUUCAGAUGCUACUCGCAUUCUUAGAGAAAUUAAGCUUCUUCGUUUGCUUAAACACCCAGACAUUGUAGAAAUAAAGCAUAUUAUGCUUCCUCCUUGUAGAAGAGAAUUUAAAGAUAUUUAUGUGGUGUUUGAGUUGAUGGAAUCUGAUCUUGAUGAGGUGAUCAAGGUUAACGAUGAUCUCACUCCUGAACAUCAUCAGUUUUUCAUAUAUCAACUUCUUCGUGCCUUGAAAUACAUACAUACAGCACAUGUGUUCCAUCGAGAUUUGAAACCCAAGAACAUCCUUGCUAAUGCAGACUGCAAACUGAAGAUAUGUGAUUUUGGUCUUGCUCGUGCAUCGUUUGAUGAUACCCCGUCAGCAAUUUUUUGGACUGACUAUGUAGCUACUAGAUGGUAUCGAGCUCCGGAACUUUGUGGUUCGUUUUUCUCUAAGUACACUCCUGCAAUUGAUAUUUGGAGCAUAGGGUGUAUAUUUGCUGAGAUGCUAACGGGAAAGCCUCUGUUUCCUGGGAGGAAUGUUGUGCACCAGUUGGAUCUUGUCACCGAUUUGCUUGGUUCUCCCUCUGCUGAAACCAUUGCAAGGAUACGAAAUGAUAAGGCUAGAAGAUAUUUAAAUGGCAUGCCAAAGAAAACCCCUGUUCCUUUAUCACAGAAAUUCCCUAAUGCUGAUCCAUUGGCUCUCCGUUUACUUGAAAAAUUGCUCGCAUUUGAUCCUGCAGAUCGGAUAUCUGCUGAAGAGGCCUUGGCGGAUCCAUACUUUUAUGGUUUAGCGAAUUUGGAAACCGAACCAUCCAAGCAGCCAAUUUCAAAACUUGAGUUUGACUUUGAAAGGAGGAGGUUGACAAAGAAUGAUGUGAGAGAGCUGAUUUAUAGGGAGAUCCUAGAGUAUCACCCACAGAUGCUUCAAGAGUACCUUCAUGGCGAAGAACACAUAAGCUUCAUGUAUCCAAGUGGAAUUGAUCGAUUUAAGCAGCAAUUUGCCGAUCUUGAGGAGCAGGAGGAAGGCAAGAAGAUAGGAAAGGGAGGAAAAAACUCUCCCCUUCAGAGGCACUACACGUCUUUGCCAAGAGAGCGGAUCUGUGUGCCCAUAGAAGAAGCUGUUGAUGAAAUCAACGACUUUGAAAGGCGUACAAAUGCUGCAAUUGCCACCACCCUUCGAAGCCCACCCAGAUCAGAAAGAUGUAAUCAAUCCAAAACUCCUAAAAAAGAUUCUAAUAGUAUCCCAAAAAGCCAUAAGAAACCAGACUUGUCCAGAAGUUCUAGCAUUAAUACCCCCAAAUAUGUAGGAGCCAGCAAUAGGAGUUGCAAGGAGAAAUUUGAACAAGGAGACGAGAUGAGCAGUGUUCUGUCACAGAAGCUGGCAGCAUUAAGUUCUUGAUUCCGGUAUCAAGGCUUCAUCUCUGAAAUUUGACAGAAUCUAAUAUAAAUUUUAUUGUGUAGUAUUGAUAUUUAAAAUUGUGAUAAUUUAACGGCAUAUGUGCUGUAUAUGUUAGUUACUAAGUUGAAGCUUUGUUGUUGUGACUUAAUAUGUACUUAUGAUUGAUCAUGAGUUUUAUUUAAUUAGAUUGAUUUCUGAAA